UCGUCUGCUUUCUCUCGUUAUCGCAUACUAUACUUCGGGUAGGGUUGUGUGUACUCAUAAUAAACGCGUUGUAGCUUGAUGUUGCCGGUGCUACUGCUGCUGUUGGCCAUCGCGAGCGGCGAGCGAGCGAGUGAACCGUCACACUCACAGCGAGGCAGGCAGUUAGAUUGCAUGCAGUCGCAACAGCAGGAAGGCUGAAUCUGUGAUGUUUUCUGUCCGCGAUUAUUAAAAGAGUGGCAGAAACAAGGAAGCAAGUUAAGACUAGUGGUAGACAAAAACAAUAGUAGACGCACGCAAGAGGACUUAGUAGCCACAGUGGCAAAAAGAUAAAUUGCCGUUUAUCGUUAUUGCUAGUUAACCACCCUAAGUAUCACGUAACUCAUAUGGACAACACAUGAACAGACAGGUGCAGAAGGUGUCAAUUGUCGUGUUUCCACGACAUUUAGCUUUUUUAACAGGACUCGGUUAAUGAUGUAAAUUCUUAAUAUUUUGUGCUCCGCUAAACUCGAGUAAAAUGAAUAACUAAGCCAGUUGUAAGGGUAACUGAAGUGCGCUGUGUUUUCAGCUGCGCGUAAUAAAUCAACAACAUUAACUACAAAUUUCAUUAACUAGAUUGCCGUCCAGGGCAGAAGAGAGGCAGCUCUGAAAGUUAAUUAUCUCGUAACUAGGCAACAAAUCGAUCACUUAUUUUAUGGUAAUUAGUCCUAUUAUUGGACCUUUUUGUGAUUUCUGCUUAUUUUUCUAUUCGCGUUGGUAAUUGUGAAUCUAAAUAAAUAAAAAAAAAAAAGAUGAGAGGAUACGAAAGAAAAUUGGACAGUUAAUCUUGGAGCUUUAGUACUAGCUGGCCUAGUGGAAGUCUCAGCUAGUAGAAGCAUUACUUGAUGAAUUUGCCACAGUUAUAGAGAGAGUGUACCUAAUGUGACGUACGCAUGCCGCAGGCGCUAUACAAGUCGGUGGUGAUGCGGACCUAGGUAUCUACGAACGGCAGUUUAGCAUUGCAUUCCAACUUGUAUUAAAUCUUCUGUGUGAUCCAUGUAUAAAGUACCACCAGUAUAAUGGUGCUUGUGCGAUAAGAGAGAACUGUUAGCUAGUCUCAGCAGCAAAGGCCGAUGACCGUAGCAAGUGAUCCUUAAUGCGGCAGGACAGUGUAUCUCAUGGCAAUGCAUUGCAUGCUGUAGUGAAGUUAAUUAUAGCAAUCAGAAAUUGAGGCUGUAGCACGGCCUCGGGAUCGUAUUGCACUUUUGAAUCCUAUGACGACACGAAAUUUCUAACUGGUGUAAAUCCGCGGUUUGUGCGCCCGUGUGUCUACCGAGUGUGUAGUGUGAAGCGCGGGUACUGUAUGACGAAGACGUCGACAUCAUCGUGGUUGUGCUUUUUAAUUUAUUCAUGUUGUUGACGCGGUCAUCAUCUCAGUCAUUACGAAUACUCACCUCGUCAUCAUCAUCAGCAGCAGCAGCCACCGCGGCUUUGGGUUGCCUGCAACGUUUGUUCUUGUUACUGUCGUUAUUGUUGUUUUUGGUGGGGUGCACCAACAUUUUGUCGGUGCCGCUCUUGUUAUCACGGGCUACUAAGAUUGGGACAUUAAGCGAAUGAAGUGAUGAUUGUGGAUGGUUUGGCUGAGGACGAGGAAGACAUGAAAGGCCGCAAAGGAGGAUAUGACAGUUUCAUGGUGUCUGGCAUCGGUCAGCCUUCAGUGUACCAUGCUGUUAUUGUUAUUUUCUUCGAGUUCUUCUCGUGGGGAUUGCUAACGACCCCGAUGAUCACCGUAUUGAACGAUACAUUUCCUGACCACACAUUUCUGAUGAAUGGCCUAAUCGUAGGCAUAAAAGGCCUAUUGUCGUUUCUAAGCGCUCCGCUCAUCGGCGCUCUUUCGGACAGUCUCGGCAGAAAGUUUUUUUUGCUGAUAACCGUCGCCUUCACCUGCGCUCCUAUCCCGCUCAUGAUCAUUAACACAUGGUGGUAUUUCGCUAUGAUUUCUCUGUCAGGGAUGUUUGCUGUCACCUUUUCGGUCGCGUUUGCCUACGUGGCAGACGUUACAACAGAGGAAGAGCGAUCUACGGCGUACGGGCUGGUCUCGGCAACUUUCGCGGCUUCAAUGGUGAUCUCACCCGCGCUAGGCGCGUACUUAGCGCGAUUGUAUUCACGCAACCUUGUCGUUAUAUUAGCAACGUUGAUCGCAGUAACAGAUGUACUCUUCAUUUUAUUUUGUGUUCCUGAAUCAAUGCCUGAAACAAUGCGUGCUAAAAUAUCGUGGACUACAACACUUUCUUGGAAAAAAGCCGACCCAUUCAAUUCGUUGCGUCGAGUUGGCAAGGACCAAAUGAUUCUUUUGCUCUGUAUGGCCGUACUGCUUUCGUACCUGCCAGAAGCGGGACAAUACUCGUGUUUCUUUGUUUAUCUACAGCUGGUGAUUGGCUUCAGCCCUGAUGAAGUUGCGUUAUUUAUCGCCGUAGUCGGCGUUCUAUCCGUUGUAGCACAGACACUCGUGCUUGCCGUUAUGAUGAAGGUUGUUGGAGAUAAACGAACGAUCAUGGUGGGACUUCUCUUUGAGAUGCUACAACUUCUCUGGUACGGUUUCGGCUCCGAACGAUGGAUGAUUUGGUCGGCCGGUGGUUUGGCGUCCAUCUGCUCGAUCACAUACCCUGCAAUCUCAUCUUUCGUCUCCACCCAUGCCGAACCGAACAAACAAGGUCUCGUACAGGGAAUGAUCACAGGCAUGCGUAGUUUAUGUUUGGGCCUGGGCCCCGCUGUCUUCGGCUUCAUAUUCUAUCUGUUCCAUGUGAACCUCAACAAGGAAUCUAACAAAGGUUCAAACCUCACGCCACACUUCAUUAAUGGAUCCGAGAUUAUCACUGAAACGCCGGUACCUGUGCGCUCAAUAGGGCUAAUUCCUGGUCCUCCGUUCGUAUUCGGCGCCUUGAUGGCUUUGGGGGCCUUGGUAGUUUCCGUGUUUAUUCCGGAAACUCCUCCACGAAGUGCGCAUUCGCUACAGGAUGUUGCUGGGCCGUCGCACCACAAUGGUCAUGAUGGAGCCCAUGGAUCCCUAACUUCAGCGUCUCACAAGGAGUAUCACUAUAAAGAGUCUCAUUCUAGAAGGGAAUCUCAUCAGUCACAUGCUAGGACGGCUUCCCUCAAUUCUCAACGGUUCAAAUCUGACUCUGUCUGCUCAGAAGAAAUUAUUACCUGUGUGACGUCUACAACUCACCGGCGUCAGUCCUCGUACGGCGGAGGGAAUAACGAGUUAGGAGCUGUGGUUCGAUUUCCACUUAUGGCGGAUACUGAUCCCCUUUAGGCAUUAUUUAAUUCAAUUGAUAACCAUAACGAGAUAGAAGUAUGUUAAAAUCUGUACGCCAAAUAACCCGCAUUCCUUUUUUGCGGGCAGUGAUAUUGCAGGAAAGUCGUUCACUGAACGACGCAUCUUGUGUUGUAUAGUCUAGCGAGAAUAUUUAUAACAAAAAGAAGGUAGAAACCUCUGGCAUGAUUUUUAGAGAAAGCAACAUUGAGGAAACGCAACGGCAUCAGUAAAGCCAGUGGUUACUGUAUGUAUGAUUUCUUCGUGCACUUACCCACUAUAGUCGCUACGACUCUGAUUUAUAGGGGAAUGUUGUAAGUGUUGAACUUAUAGCAAUUAUAUAAUAUAAAAAGAGAACAUCCGGAAAGAAGAAAAACUCGCUGAGGUGGUGCUGUACUCUUUGCACGAAUAUGUUACUGGAGGCAGGUUGAAAUGAUGCGCAUCACAUGAUGGACAUUCAUGGAUGGAGGCUGAGAACUAUAGUAGAGGUAGCAAUUAAUUCUACAUAGUAUAAUUAAUGAUAGUAUUGUAUUAUGCUGGCGGUGGAUGUGCCGGUUCUAAAAAUCAGAUUUGUAGUUAUGUUGAAAUUAUGAGGUCCCUAUUCAAGAAAAAAACCUUUAGAUCUUUUUUCUUCUUUCACGUGCUAUAAAAUGAAUUGUUGCCCAAUAAUGUCAACGGUAAUAAUGGUUAACAGAAAUAACAACAGGAAAGCAUCGGCAUUGUAAAGAAAUCCAUUGUGAAUAACAGUUGGACAUAAUUCAACUCGAAUAGAUAAACACACAAACAACGAGUGAAAUAAUUGCCAUCGAUUAGCACAAAGGAACACAUCUCGCCCAAGCACGCUUGUGCUACACAAUCCAGUUGUGGAGCACAAGUUAUUUUAAUUAUUAAAGUGAGCUACGAUUGCAGAUCUGUUGUAAGGAUCUAUAAAAUGGAAAUACUUGUAGCCAUCCGAAAUGUAUCGUCGUUUGUACGGUAGUGUUUAUAAAUUCAUUCAGACGUUCAUUGAGAUACUAGAGUGAUUGAGAUGCCACGUAUUGAACAUGUAAAUGAUAUUCCAGGCGGAAUAUUGUCUUGAACAUUUUCAACUGAAUUUCUUAUUAAUACUUGAAGGCCAUUUGGUAUGCUAUAUUUUUUUUUUUAAAUUUUGUCAUUAGGUAUUUUUUUCUGUCUAAUGUUUUCUGACAAUUGAUUUUCGUGUGUUGCUAACGCUCAGUGCUACUAGAAAUUCAAAUAACAACGACACCGAGCGUGGGACUUUAGUACACACAGCAUUAAACCAUUGAGGAAGGAAAAGCAUUUUCUAUAAAUUCAUCGUAGCUUUCAAGCUCAAAUGUAGUUCACUUACAAUGACUCUCCCAGUUGAGUAUAUUUGCCUUCAGUUAUUUUGUGCUAGUUAAAUAAACCACAAUAAAUGUUUUAAAAUGUGACCAACUGUU